AUGCGGCUGCCGUGGCGCCGAACAGCGCUCUGGACGCUGGCCUUUCUGUGCGCCGCGAGCGUGAUGCUAACGCGGCGCAAUUGGCCCGGCGAGCUGAACCAGCGCCACAGCCCUUUGAGACCCACUCGCUUGCGCGAGAAGACGAAGCAGCUGUCGAGCGGGCACCGCAUGGCCCGAAGAGAAGUGGUCGCAUGGGCGUUACGUACUUCGAUUGCGACCGCCGAUGGGGUCUCAAGCGCAGGGCGGACUAGACGCAAAGUCAAGAACAGAAAGGUUAUGGAUGGUUUUGUGGCUCCGCGUAAUGUGUUUUUUAAUGAACCAACUGAUUAUGACGACACGAUUUACGAAUAUUUUGAACAUGUUUUAACGGCUGGUCGGUUAGGGGUAUCGAUGGUACUGGGAAUCGCAACGACAAAGAGCAGGCCUUUAGUUCUCAUCAAAACCAUUAAGAUGAUUAUUGAUGCUACGACUUCAGAAGAUGCAAGAGAUACUCUUAUUGUAGUGCUUGUUGAAGAGGACGAUAAAGAAUAUGUAACUCAAGUCUCCAGCCAAUUUGAGAAACUGUUUAAAUUACAAAUAAAGUCUGGCUUACUGGAGGUCAUAUCUCCCCCCAUUCAAUUUCACACGAAAAUGCGAAAACUGGACACUGAUUUCCGAGAAAAUGAAGAGAAACUGAGAUGGGCUCGAAUGAAUCUUGUUGUGGCUUAUUUAAUGAUGUAUGCACACAGCAAAGGGAAAUUUUAUGUUUACUUAGGACAUGGUGUCGAGGCGCAGAAAGGCUUUAUUUCUAUCAUGAAAACGUAUGCAGUUAAUCAGAUAAAUAAAAAUGUACCUUGGUUUAUAUUGGACUUUGGUUAUUCUGAUUUUGUAGGAAAAUUGUUCAGGUGUAACGAGUUAUCGUCUCUUUUUCGAUUCUUAAUUGCAUAUCAUGAUCGAUGGCCGGCUAAGGAGCUUUUGAAUCAAUUUAUUAGCCUUCAGUUAUGCGGAUUAUCGCAAAAUGAUUAUAAAUGUUCGGAACUAAAAGAGAAAUUACACUUGAAUUAUACACAUUCUCUAUUUUAUCAAAUGAAUCUUUACAAAUAA